CAAUUCAGAAAAACUGUAACUUGGUUGUUAACGGGUUUGCUGUAUUUCUUUAUCCCGGGAUUUUAGUUCCUGGCCCUUUUAAUGUUUUUCCAAACUUUACUCUUAUAGUGCGAAUAAAAUGUCGUGAGCUUGUGAAGAAGAUUGCUAUCUACCGCAGCAGGCUUGCUAUCCAGCUACCCGAGAAGAUUCUCGUCUAUGAGCUCUAUUCUGAUGACUCCUCUGACAUGCAUUACCGCAUCAAAGAGAAAAUCUGCAGACGAUUUGAGUGCAACCUGCUUGUUGUCUGCUCGCAGCACAUCAUACUGUGUCAGGAAAAGAGACUGCAGUGUUUGUCCUUCACAGCUGUGAAAGAGAAAGAGUGGCUAAUGGAGUCUCUCAUUCGCUAUAUUAAAGUGAUAGGUGGCCCAGUUGGAAGAGAGGGACUUCUGGUUGGACUCAAAAAUGGAGCAAUUCUAAAGAUCUUUGUGGAUAACCCGUUUGCCAUCACGCUACUGAAGCAGAACACGUCUGUGCGUUGUCUGGACAUGAGCAUAUCACGCAGCAAGUUAGCUGUUGUGGAUGAACACAACACAUGCCUGGUGUAUGACAUCCACACAAAAGAGCUGCUCUUUCAGGAGCCCAAUGCAAACAGUGUGGCGUGGAACACACAGUGUGAGGAGAUGCUGUGUUUUUCUGGUAGUGGGUAUCUGAAUAUCAAGGCCAGUAACUUUCCUGUGCAUCAGCAAAAACUACACGGUUUUGUAGUAGGCUACAAUGGCUCCAAGAUCUUCUGCCUGCAUGUGUACUCUAUGGCUGCAGUGGAAGUGCCACAGUCUGCGCCAAUGUAUCAGUAUCUUGAACGAGGCAUGUUUCAGGAAGCCUAUCAGAUAGCUUGUCUGGGUGUUACAGAGAAUGAUUGGAGAGAUCUGGCCACAGAGGCUCUGGAGGGACUCGAUUUUCACACGGCUAAAAAAGCGUUCAUAAGGGUUCGAGAUCUUCGCUAUCUGGAGCUUAUCAGCAGCAUUGAAGAAAGAAAAAAGAGAGGCGAAACUAAUAAUGAACUCUUCCUCGCCGAUGUUUAUGCAUACAAGGGCAAAUUCCAUGAAGCUGCCAAACUGUACAAGAGAACCGGCCAUGACAGCUGUGCACUAAGCAUGUACACUGAUCUCCGCAUGUUUGAGUAUGCCAAGGACUUUCUGCAGUCAACAGACCCUAAAAACACUAAACUGUUGAUGAAGAAACAGGCAGACUGGGCCAAGAACAGCAAAGAACCCAGAGCGGCUGCAGAGAUGUACCUGUCUGCAGGAGAACAUAUGAAAGCUAUUGAGAUCAUUGGAGAACAUGGAUGGGUGGACAUGUUAAUAGAUUUGGCCCGUAAGUUGGAUAAAGCAGAGCGGGAGCCAUUAUCCAGAUGUGCAAUGCUAUUUAAGAAGUUAAAUCAUCAUGGUUAUGCUGCUGAGAUUUAUAAUAAGAUGGGUGAUCUGAAGGCCCUGGUGGAAUUGCAUGUGGAGACCAGACAAUGGGAUGAGGCGUUUUCUUUAGUGGAGAAACAGACACAGUUCAGAAAUGAUGUCUAUGUGUCGUAUGCCCAGUGGCUGGCUGAAAAUGACCGCUUUGAGGAUGCACAGAAAGCUUUCCACAAAGCUGGGCGGCAGACGGAGGCUGUCAAAGUGCUAGAGCAGCUUACCCAUAAUGCUGUGGUAGAGAGCAGGUUUAACGAUGCAUCUUACUACUACUGGAUGCUCUCCAUGCAGUGUCUUGGGAUCGCAAGAGACAGUAAAGAGAUAAAAGAGGAGAUGCUAAAGAAGUUUCACAGUUUUCAACACUUGGCUGAACUGUAUCAUGUGUAUCAUUCUAUCCAUCGCUACAUGUCCGAGCCCUUCAGUUCCCACAUGCCAGAGAUUCUUUUCAACAUCUCACGGUUUCUCUUUCACAACUUGACCAAAGAUGUUCCAGUGGGCAUCUCCAAAGUGGAUACGCUGUAUGCUCUGGCUAAGCAGAGUAAAGUGCUGGGGGCGUAUAAAGUAGCACGCCAUGCCUUCGAGAAAUUACAAGGCUUAAAGAUCGCAGCCCGCUAUCAGGACAGCAUGGAGCUUAGCUGCCUGACGGUUCGCUCCAAACCUUAUCAUGACAGUGAGGAUUUGAUUCCAAUGUGUUACCGCUGUUCAACCAAUAACCCUCUGCUGAAUAACCAGGGCAACUCCUGUAUUAACUGCAGACAGCCUUUCAUAUAUUCUGCUUCCUCUUAUGAGGUGCUUCCGCUGGUGGAGUUUUAUCUGGAGGAAGACAUCUCAGAUGAGGAGGCUGUGUCUCUCAUUGAUCUGGAAGUGCCUCGUGUAGAGGGAAAGGCUGCUUCCUGGCAGGAAAUGAGCAGUGGGGAAUCUCAGUGCCUGAAGCUGGAUGAUAGGGUUGAAGACCCUGAGGAUGACCCCUUUACUGCCAAACUCAGCUUUGAGCAGGGCGGCAGUGCAUUUGUCCCGGUGGUUGUGAGUCGAGCGGUUUUGCGGUCCAUGUCCAGACGAGAUGUUCUGAUCAAGCGUUGGCCCAAACCUCUCAGUUGGCAGUACUAUCGUUCGCUGCUUCCUGAUGUCAGCAUAACUAUGUGCCCUUCAUGUUUUCAGAUUUUCCACAGUGAGGACUAUGAGUUGUUGGUUCUUCAGCACAACUGCUGCCCGUACUGCAGGAGACCAAUUGACGAAUCCAACUAACCCAAUAACAUUUGUGUUAGCAUUUAUAGGGGUAGUAAAUAAGCCUGACAUGCUGAGUGUGCAUAUCCUAAAGACAAUUACUUUAUGUGUGUUUAUCUGCUGGUCGAUAGUAAGUUCUGAGAUAUAUUAAGUCGCUAGAAAUCCUUACGUAAUUUCAGUCUAAUAGGAUAGACCAGAUCAGAAUGCUCAGCCGGCUAAAGGAGAUUAAAGAGUUUUUGCGUGUGUGGGCAUACAUGCUCUUUAAUAAUUUUAAUUAGAGAUAAGAGGUACAGGUAGUUAGUUUGGUUAUUUGUUUGUGAGCACUACAUAUACAUGUACAUCAAAAAAUGCCUUAAAUUGUAGUUUAGUUUUUAAUAAAGGUGACGUGUUUUGCUUAAAUCAUUUAGUGGAUUCAUUUCAGUGCUUCAAAUUUCCAAGAAGAUAAUGUGGGUGGUUCUUGUUGAAGCCAAACUGGCUUGUCAUGAUACUAGGAUACUAUUCACUAUUUUUCCAAGAUGCGAAUCUGCCCCUAGUGAACUGUGUUUGUCUGAAGGGAGGAUGCUCAAGACUGCCGGUUCACAGCUUAAUACCUUUUUGUUAGGCAUUACUGUGUUACCCAAGUAAUCAGAUUGCAUGGGUUCUGUUACAAUAAAAAGGCAAGGCAAGGCAUUUCUAAGAUGCUCAGACAGAAUUAGAUCAUUGAAUCUCAACAGCAUUUGUGAUUUAUUAUUAAUUUUAACAUUUCUUAAAGCAUUUCUUUUAAGUUUUCCAGAGUUUUGGUUUAAGGAAAACAAUUUGGUUUGGUCUUCUUAAAAUACUUUUCGCCGAUGCUGCCACCGCAUA